AUGUCCUGGUACCCGACCAAAGACGUCGUAGUAGGCGUCCUCGGUGCCGUGGGGUUCUUGGCGUGGAUAAUAUUCGCCAUCGCGACGUUCAACCACCCAGGCUGCGUGAUCUUCCUGACGUUUAUGCCGUUGCUCACGAUCAUGCGGCUGCGCGACCAAGUCGAGCCGCUGGAGAAGGCCCGGCGAACCAAGGCUGAGCCUCUGCUCGGCCAGCGAGACCCGUGGUCGACCGUGCUGGCGGCGUACCGCUACGAAGACCUCUCCCCCGGCCGCACCCUCGCUCGGCUGGGCGUGGCCGCCGUACUCGGCAGUCUUGGAGGAAUGCCGCUCGCCGCAUGGAACGACAGCAUGCUCCUCGUGACUGCUGCGGCCGUGUUCGGACUCGUGACAACGCUCGGCCUCUACCGCCUCGAAACGGGCUCUCUGCCAGACUUCAAGGAAAUGGUCGACCUGUCGGCCAUGUCGACUGACGGCAAGAAGGGCCUGGCAUGUCGCGCGCUCCAGGCCGCCUUCUUUGCUGUCAUUCUCUACCGCUCCUCAGCUGGGCUUAAAGUUUCGUUUUCGUGGAUGUUGCAUAUGUGGGCGCAUGGCUUGGCUCAGGACUACGAGCGGCGCGAAAGGAACAAACUCGAUGCCACCCUCCCGCCGUGUGUGUGCGCCGACGGCCUGCCACCGUGCUCGUCGCCAAAGUGCAAGCACAAGUCAACAUGGCGGCUGUUCUCGUGGACAGUGGCCAUGCGGUACGCGUACGCCGUGUUCUUCUGGUACGCCGCUGCCCUGCUUGUCACGGCUCUGGAUCGCGGACAGGCCAUCAUCAAUGCGCGCAACAAGUUGACCAUUGUAGCGCCAUAG